AUGGGUCAUCAUGAACAUGAACGAUUAGUAGUACAUCAUACUUCAUUUUCUCGUCGAUUUUUUGACUUCUCAUCAUCAUCUUUCAUAUCACCUCGAUUUAUUGGAUUAUGUCUUUUAGUUUUUAUUUAUUAUAUAACUUAUGGUUAUUUACAAGAACUUAUGUUUACAUUAGAUGGUUUUGAUAAUACUGCUUGGUUUUUAACUUGUUAUCAAUUUUUGGUUUAUGCCAUUCUUUCAUUUAUUCAUUUGGGUAUAAGUGGUCUAGAACAACGAAGGGCAAGUUAUGCUUCUUAUAUGCUUCUUGCUUCACUGACAGUAAUUACAAUGGGUUUAUCAAAUUAUGCAAUUGCUUAUUUAAACUAUCCUACACAAGUUAUGUUUAAAUGCUGUAAACUUAUACCAGUUCUUAUCGGUGGAAUUAUUAUACAAAGAAAAUCUUUCAAUCGUUAUGAUGUUGCUGCUGCUUUUUGUAUGUCAAUUGGAUUGAUAUUUUUUACAUUAGCUGAUUCAAAAGUACAACCAAAUUUUAAUUUAUAUGGUGUAGUAAUUAUUUGUUCUGCACUUAUUGCUGAUGCAGCUAUUGGUAAUUAUCAAGAAAAAAUUAUGAAAGAAUAUCAUGUACCAAAUGUUGAAAUCGUUUUUUACAGUUUUAUAUUUGGUUUUGGAUUUGUUUUAUUUGGUUUAUUAAUAACAAAUAAUUUUUUUUCAAGUCUACAUUUUUGGAAUAUGCAUCCUCUACCAACUUAUGGUUAUGGUUUAAUAUUUUCAAUAUUUGGUUAUUUAGGCAUUGAUAUUGUUCUUACUUUAAUUAAAGAAUAUGGUGCAUUAAUCUGUGUUACUGUGACAACAUGUCGAAAAGCGAUAACAAUUAUUUUAUCAUUUACACUUUUUUCUAAACCAUUUGUUUUUGAUUAUGUUUGGUCCGGUUUAAUUGUAAUUCUUGGUAUUUAUCUCAAUGUUUACAGUCGACAUCAAACAGCAUUUAAUACUAAAAUAGCAUCAUUUAUUUCCAGAUGUUAUAAUUAUCGUUGGUGGCCAAAUAUUUUAACACCAACGGCAAACAAAGUAUUACCUGUUUAG